CAUGACUGUGUGGACAAUGAGGGGACCCAGACCAGCCUAAGCUGUGGUGGACCAACCAGAGGCUUCAGGAGAGGAAGGGGUUGACGCCAUUGGAGUCAUGAACAUACCCUGCUGUCCAUGUAACACCAGACAGCUCUGACACACUCCUCCUCAGUGCUCUCUCUACCUCCCCUUUUCCCCCCUUUCCCGAAAACAAAAUCUCUGAACACGUACAGACAGACAGUAUCUCUUGCCACAAAAUUGACUUAGUUUUCCUAAAAAGCUAUAUCUGGAUUCCAAGGACUGGGAUUUCUAUUUGGAAUACGGAGUUUAGUUGAGGGACGGAACGUUGUGUUAAAAUUAUCGGAAUUCCCCCUGCCAGUCCACCGUCCUCGUUUUUCCCUGUGAGUCCCAGAGGCAUCAACCAAUGGAGAGACGGAGAAGAGAGACAGGAUAAAACAGCCGAGAAAUAGAGCAAAUCCAGAGAACUGCUGAAUCGGCAGGGUAGGAAUCUGGAAUUGGGUCCUGUGAGGGUUUUGCUUCUCCCACACUUUCCCCAGCCUAGAGGACUCUCCGUAGCGAGUGCCAGACAUAACAACCAUUAUUUACACUUAAAAAACAAACAAAAACCACAAAGACAGCUGCAACUACGCUAGGCCGAGCUACGUCCCUGUGUGGAGGAUUUGAACCAAUAGGAAGACGAUAGGGAUUUAGGAUUGGGAUCACAACCAUGACGAGGGGGUUGAGGUUUCCCGCAUGGCCCCUGGCGUUCCUCAGUCUGCUGGUGACGACCCGGGCGCUGGAGUUCGGCGGGGCCCCCGGCCAGUGGGCCCGCUACGGGCGUUGGGAGGCGGGCUCGGUGGGCGAGCUGAGCUUCAGUCUGAAGACCAAUAUCAGCAAGGCCCUGGUGCUCUACCUGGACGACGGUGGCAACUGCGACUUCAUGGAGCUGCUGAUCGCCGGCGGGCGCCUCCAGCUGCGCUUCGCCAUCCACUGCGCUGAACCCGCCACCUUACACAUGGAAACCCGGGUCAACGACGACCGCUGGCACAUGGUGCUCCUCACACGCAACUUCCGCGAGACCCUGCUCAUGGUGGACGGCGAGACCAAGGUGGCGGAGGUCAAGUCCAAGCGGAAGGAGAUGGCGGUGGUCAGCGACCUGUUUGUGGGCGGCAUCCCGCCUGACGUGCGCCUCUCAGCCCUUACGUCCAGCACGGUGAAGUACGAGCCCCCAUUCCUGGGCCUGAUCUCCAACCUGAAGGUGGGCGAGAUGCCCCCUACCCUGCUCAACAGCCAGGGCAUCCAGAGUGACCUGGAGUAUCUGUGCACCAAGCAGAACCCCUGCUUCAACGGCGGCUUCUGCUCCAUCCAGUAUGGCGAGGUGCACUGCGACUGCACACACACCCGCUACAAGGGAAAGUACUGCAAGGAAGAAGAGUAUGCUGUCGAAGCCCCCUCCACUAUCGUCUCCAGUGAGGGAGAGAGGAGGGACUACCACAGCUCCCCGAGGGCCCUGGGGGCGGACGGCAGUGCUCAGCCCACCACAACUGCCUCUCAGAGAGGGAUCAGGAGAGUAGCAGCGGGCCCAGCCAACCAGCCAGAGGGCCAUGGGGGGCCUGGAUGCUGCCUUGAGAUGAACAGUGCUGUUGUCCUGGAAGAGCAAAGUAAACCCAUGUCUAUUCCCACGGGCGCCUAA